UUCUGUCACGUUGCAUUGGAGAUGAUCCAGGCCCGACUCGGUCCAACCUUUGGUACGCUGCCGAAACGCGGGCGUUCAAGAAACCUCACCGCCACCGGACCGAUCUCACAGGAGAGAACAGAAUCCACGGAGAUCUCUCCGUGUUAGGACAAACGUGGCCGCAUCGAAACGUUCCCUUUUGUAGCUUCAUCAUCCAAAAAUGCUCUUCAGGAGGCUGAUGGAGGUGGAACCGCCGAGCCUGGUAAGAUACAUAAUCGGAGCGGCGAUCAUGAUGAUCGGAGUUGUAUUGCCCGUCGGAUAUAUGAUGUUCCGAAACAAGCGUGUCUCCUCCUCUUCUUCCUCUUACUCCAAACAGACGUAGGAACAAAGUUUUCAUAUAGAGAGACUGAAAAUGAGAGCAUUGGAUUCGAUUUACAGGUCGUAAUGUAUGAAGAAGAAAAUAGAAGGAAAAGGAUCUAACAGAUCUUCCAAGUAAAUGUAAAGUAACUUCUUUUUGAUGGUAUUGGUUGUUCGGGAUUCUAGCAUUGUAUUUACCAAAUGGCGUGUGCACUUCAAAUCAAUUUUCGUGUUGGAUUUUA